GCUUGUUCUAGAGGGGGGGGCUGAACGUGUUUUUUUUUUUUUUCACCCCCCUUAAGUCUCCGGCUAUAAAAUGGACUCCACUGAGUCAACUAAGACAGAACUGACGGCAAAAAAAAUAAAUAAAAAAAACCCCGAAGAAUACCGGUAUAUAACAGCCGGUGCUGAACACUGCAAAUUUAGAGACUCAAACAGAAUAAAUUAAUCGCAUACAUCGGUGUCUACAGCUGAAGAACAAAUAACCAACAAUAAAAUAACAAAAAGUGGUGAAGACUACGGAUAAUUAAUUUACAUUUCCGGAUACCGUUGCUCCAGUUUGUGAGACACAAAGCUGCUUAGGAGGCGAAGCAUAGGGUGCCUACUGUAUUCCACAGAAAGAUUGAAGAUGAGUGCAGCCUUGCCCUGGCUCUGUGCCCUCGUCCUGCUAUCCUCUGCUGCCCAGGGUGGUACUGCCCUCUUCCUGCCCAACUCAACAUCCCUGCAGCAGCUGCUGAGCCGAUACCAGGAUGAAAGCAAAACUCUGACUCGAUCCCGGCGCGCCAUCCAGUGGUCCGACAGAGAGGAGAUCCUGAAACUCCACAACAAACUGCGCGGACAGGUUUCCCCCUCCUCCUCUAACAUGGAAUACAUGGUCUGGGAUGAGGAGCUGGAGCGCUCUGCCACAGCCUGGGCCCAGGAGUGCAUCUGGGAGCACGGCCCCAAUGACCUGCUCAUGUCCAUCGGACAAAACCUAGCAGUGCACUGGGGGAGGUACCGCGCCCCAGCCCACCAUGUACAGGCCUGGUAUGACGAGGUGAAGGAUUACACUUACCCUUACCCCCAGGAGUGCAACCCCUGGUGCCCUGAACGCUGCUCCGGGCCCAUGUGCACCCACUACACUCAGCUCGUCUGGGCCACCACUAACAAGGUGGGCUGUGCCGUGCAUGUGUGCAAGAGGAUUAACGUCUGGGGGGAGAUCUGGGAGAAUUCUGUCUACCUCGUCUGCAACUACUCACCCAAAGGGAAUUGGAUUGGAGAGGCCCCUUAUCAGCACGGCAGACCCUGCUCUAAGUGCCCCCCCAGCUAUGGAGGAGGCUGCAAGGAGAACUUGUGCUACAAAGCAGACACUCAGGCACCCCAGCGCCCUGAGACAGAGGAUAUGAAUGAGGUGGAGAAGCCACAGGUUCCUGAGGACAUUCCAGACUGGGCCCGACCUCGUACCACUCCCGCCAAGGCAACUCCUGGGAAAACACCAGGAGCCAAGUUCAUGGCCCAGGUGAUUAAGUGUGAAACCAAGAUGAGAGACAAAUGCAAAGGGUCGACAUGUAACAGGUACAAAUGUCCAGCAAACUGCAAGAAUGCCAAAGGAAAAAUCUGGGGGACCCUGUUUUAUGACACGCAAUCCAGUAUCUGCAGAGCGGCACUGCAUUAUGGGGUGAUCGAUAACAAUGGGGGUCUGGUGGAUAUCACACGGAAAGGUCGACUGCCCUUCUUUGUAAAGUCGACGAGGAACGGAGUGGAGUCCUUCAGUAAAUAUAAAGCAUCAAACUCCUUUGUUGUUUCAAAUGUUGUUGAGCAGAGAGUAGAUUGCUACAUGACUGCUGCUGAGCUGUGUGCCUUCAAGAAGCCUGCCACUCACUGCCCAAGAGUGCACUGCCCGCCGAGAUGUAAGGAUGAGCCAUCAAACUGGGCUCCAGUCAUUGGCUCAAAUAUCUACUCAGAUAGCUCCAGUAUUUGCCGAUCAGCAGUCCACGCAGGCUUGAUUAAAGACUUGGACGGUGGAUACGUGGACAUCUUGCCUGUGGACAAGAAGAAACAUUAUGUGGGAACUCUAAAGAACGGAGUGCGCUCAGAAAGUAAGAAGAAUCCAGAAGGAAAAUCAUUCCGUCUCUUCUCAGUGAGGGAAUGAAGAGAGACUCCAUUUGGGCCGGGCCUAAACACAGCUGAUUAAGGGUCCCCAUGUCUGCUGAGCAGGAACAGGAAGCACCCUAACCUGUCACUAUGGUAACCUCUCGGUACCCCUCCCUCAAACCCCUACAGUCACAAUUUACUUCAAAUACAAAGAAGAAAAGUUAUAAUAGCAAAAAUAACUGCUCAAUUGUUUAAAUAAAUAACAGUGUUUCAUUUUCAGUUUUUUUUAAUUAUAAUAAGGAUGUGAGGAAACAAAUUCAAAAUACUGUAUACCAUUUUUAACAGUGAUAUGCUUAUUUUUAUUAGUAAGGUUUUGACAGCAGUGCUGGUUAUAUCUAUAUUAAGGUGUAGUUUAAAUUUACAUUCAUGUUUACUUUCUUAAAAGUGUACCAAACAAACAGGAAUGUAUGCCAAAUGCAUCUUUAUACAGUUUUAUGAAGAAUGGUAGCUUUUUUUAAAUUGCUGUAUUUUUAUUUCUAUUUGGUUUGUAUUAUUAAUGAAUGGUGCUUUUCUGGGUCAUGUUGUUGUACUCUGGUAGUUCAAUGUUGAUACAUAAACUGUAAUCUCUUAUAGGCUAUGUCUUUCAUUUUCCAGUUAUUUAAAGGAUAUGUUUUCUUUUUACUAUACAAACAGUUGAGUGCUCAGUCUGCUCUGUAUGUUCUGUUUCGUAAUGAGAAUACCUAGACAGCUGGAGGCCAUAGGUUUUGAUGUCAGCUAUCACCUGACAUAGCAUGUGCUGGAAAAAAACAAACAUUGGAUUUACUCUGCUCAGAUUUGGGAUGUUAAGAUAUCUACUGCCUAGACAACUUGUUAAAUCCUAUGCAUUUUAAAUAUGUUGGCCAAAUUAACCUGGCAGCAAAGGGACUGGACCAUUGGUGGCGGUCAGGUGAUCAUGUGAGGUAUUAAAGAUGCCUCUGCCAUUUACUUGUAUUAAAAAAAAAAAAAGAAAACAUUUUCUCUGCUUUACUCGCUAGUAAGAUAAAUUACAGGUUUUACUGUGUAAUGGCACAGCUCAGUUUCACAUAACAGAAAUAUCUAACUAGCUCAGAAAUUAGAAGUGUGCUGUUUAUAACGAGCGACUCUUACGUCAUUUCUUAAUGUAAAAGCCAAUCUAAUUCAAAAUGCAGAAUUUGUCUAUCGGUGCACAUUUCCCAAGGUGGCAGCCCAAGUAUUAAUCAUACUGGCCCUGAAUUUGGAUUUCUACCUUUUAACACCUUAACUUGAACUUUCACUCAACUAUUAAGAUCUCAUGAACAGUGUUCAAUGACGCUUGUUCUAGAACCAGUAAUUGCAUUUAGUUCAAAAUUAGCCUGUACGGAAAUCACACAUUUCAGUAAAAGUACAAUAUGUCAUGGAGUAUAGUAUUAAAUAUAAUUAAGAAAUGUGUUGAAAUAUUUAUAUAUGACAGUAUAAAUCAUUACUAUAUUACAGUAUGGAAGGUUUACGCUAUACACAGUCUUGCAUAUUCGUAUGGUUGCAUAUCCUUCUUGAGUGUAUGGGAGCUGUUUAUCUCCUUAGUGUCCUUUAUAUUGGCAUGCAAGCACGAUAUAACGUGAUGUAAUAUAAAACAAGUCAAUACUACUUCAUGGGUGUGCAUAAUCCCUAAUCAAACCCACUCACUUCAGAGAGUUUUCUACACAUUUGAUUGUUUUGAGUCAUUACAUGAAAACAGCUAGCAGCAUACGUAAAAUAUAAUUCAUUACUGUUGAUAAGAAUGGCUUUACUGCUAAUGCAGUAAUGUCCUGUAGUUCUUUAACUAAAUAACACAUUGGCUACCUUGCCCUGUUUUUGCAAUCUGUCUCCUCUGAAACUCAAUGGAAAUACCCCUCAUUGUGCAGCAGAAAAAUAAGUGUAAAUAUGUUUGCUAUUCUUUUUGCAUGGUCUUUGUCUUAUUUAAAAGUGCCUUCCAGACCUGUUUGUGAAUGUGUUGUAUUUUGUAAGUGGAAGAUGAAUAUUACAAGUUAUUUUUUAAUGUUGUACACAAUUUUACAAUAA